CCGGAACGCUCGGCGCCUCCCCCGCCCGCCUCCGCCUUCGCGCGCGAGGUGCAUAUCUCAACUUGAUCUGAGGGAUAUAUGAAGCAGUGGAUGUUUGAUGACCUUCUCUAUGGAUUUGAACGCAUCACCAUUGCCUGAAGAAGAUGAACAGCCUUAUGAAGAACCUGUGGAGGUUGAUUAUGCACAAGAGGAACAUGUUGAGUCUGCUGUUGAAACAUUGCGAAGGGAGCGUGAAGAGAGACGCAUGAAGUUAAAGAGAGAGCAGCAAGAUGAAGGGUCAAGGCAACAUCCUCAGCAGAUUAGGAAUGAAUAUGCACCUCCAAUCAAAGUUGGUAGAGGCCGGAUUAAAGAGGCACCUCAGGGAUGGUUGGAUUGCCCUGCAUUUGGUGAGCCAAUAGAUAGAAUCAUACCCUCCAAAGUUCCUCUUGAUGAAACCUUCAACGAAUCGGUUCCUCCUGGCAAAAGAUAUUCUUCCAAACAAGUAAUAAACAAGCAAAGAAAAGCUGGCCGUGAAAUAGGUUUAGUCAUUGAUCUGACAAAUACUUCUAGAUAUUACUCAUCAGCAGAAUGGACAAACCAAGGUACCAAGUAUGUCAAGAUUCCUUGCAGGGGAAGAAAUGCUGUACCAGAUAAUGAAUCUAUUAACGCAUUUGUCUAUGAGGUGAUGACGUUUCUUGAACGACAAAAGCAGUCAAGGACUCCAAAAUAUGUUCUGGUUCACUGUACCCAUGGUCAUAAUCGCACAGGCUUCAUGAUUAUUCAUUACCUCAUGCGUACACACAUCUCUUGGGUUGCUGAGGCAAUAAAUAUAUUUGCUCAAAGGCGACCUCCUGGAAUAUAUAAGAGGGACUACAUUGAAGCCUUGUAUUCAUUUUAUCAUGAGGUUCCUGCGAAUAUGAUUGUAGCAUGCCCUUCAACUCCAGAAUGGAAGAACCCUUUUGAUCUUGAUUUAAAUGGUGAAGCUAAGCAAGAUGACGAUGACGAUGCUGGCGAUCUUGCACCGGUACAUAACGAGGUGGAGGAAAAAGUCAUAACUAAUGAUGAUGUGCUGGGAGACGCUGUACCUUUUGAUCAGCAAGAGGCUCUACGCAUUGUAUGUUAUCGGUUGCUUGAACUGCCCCCUGCGCGAGGGCAUGCACAAUUUCCAGGAUCACACCCAGUUUCUCUUAACAGUGAUAAUCUGCAGCUACUUAGACAGCGGUAUUAUUAUGCUACAUGGAAAGCUGAUGGAACUCGAUAUAUGAUGCUUAUAAUGAGGGAUGGUUGUUUUCUGAUUGAUCGGAAUUUUUGCUUUAGGAGAGUUCAGAUGCGCUUUCCCCGUAGGAACUUUAAUGAAGGCUCACAUCAUAUGACCUUGAUUGAUGGGGAAAUGAUUAUAGAUACAGUACCAGAUUCAGGAUUGAGAAGGAGGUACUUGGCAUAUGAUCUGAUGGCACUUGAUUCAGUGUCUAAAACAAAGUUGCCUUUUGCUGAAAGGUGGAGAUUAAUUGAAGAUGAAAUAAUUCGGCCACGCUAUAACGAGAGAAAACAGUUUGAGAGUGGUGCUAAGAGCAGUCCGAUGUACAGAUAUGACAUGGAGCUAUUUUCGGCCCGGAGAAAGGAUUUUUGGCUGCUGUCUACAGCAAAAAAGGUACUGAAGAUGUUUAUUCCAAAACUUUGCCACGAUGCUGAUGGCCUGAUAUUUCAGGGCUGGGAUGAUCCGUACGUAACUCGAACGCACGAAGGUCUUCUUAAGUGGAAAUACCCUGAAAUGAAUUCAGUUGACUUUUUGUUUGAGGUUGGCAAUGAAAAUCGGCAGCUGGUUUUCCUUUACGAGAGGGGCAAGAAGAAACUCAUGGAUGGUACUCGGAUGGUAUUUCCAAAUGAAGAGGAUCCAUCGUCCAUCUCUGGGAGGAUUGUUGAGUGCUCUUGGAAUAAGCAGGAGCAAUGUUGGGUCUGCAUGCGCGUUAGAGCCGAUAAAUCGACUCCAAAUGAUAUCAAUACAUAUCGCAAGGUAAUGAGGAGCAUCACUGAUAAUAUAACCGAGGACAAGCUUCUAGAAGAGAUCAAUGAGAUUAGCUCCCUCCCGAUGUAUGCUGAUAGGAAGAAAGCUGAUGAAAGAAUGGCUCAACAUGCAAAGAUGGCACAACAUCGGCGCAAGAUGAUGCCACAGCAGUAGUGUUAGUGUUGUUGAAAUAGUGAUAGAGCGCUGCUACCUGUCUCUCUCGGCAGGGGCUGGUUCCUGUAGGUUGUGUAAUUAGUAGAAGUUUAGGGCCGUAUGAUGAUGGCUGGCCAGCCAACUAAUUCUUUGCACCUCUUUUGUGCCUACCGCCUGUAUAGUUGUCGCUGCAGAGUAGUCCUGUAAAUCUUGUAGUGUCAUGUUCUAUGUUCUUCUCCUAUGGUUCUAUUUUCAUGGGUGUAGAAUAGUCGUUUAACAAGGAGCAUGUUCAAGUAUCAAUUGUAUUGCCUCUUAUCCUAGAGUAGAAUGUUACAUGAUC